UUUUUUUUUUCUGUCCCCCCACCGGAAGUUAUCUGCUGAGGCGAGGGGGGGGUCUCCCUAAUGAUUCCCCACGAAACGAUGAAGACGUAGCAGGGCGGCGAAGACAACGACGGGAUGUCGGUGAAUUACGCGGCGGGGUUGUCGCCCUACCCGGACAAAGGGAAAUGCGGCCUCCCGGAGAUUUUCGAUCCGCCGGACGAGUUGGAGAGGAAGAUCCAUCAGCUGGCUGACUUGAUCCAGAAUUCUUUCAACGUGGUCUUUCACACGGGGGCGGGUAUCAGCACAGCUUCAGGGAUCCCGGAUUUCAGAGGCCCGAAUGGAGUGUGGACCAUGGAGGAGCGGGGCUUGGUGCCCAAAUUCGACACCACCUUUGAGAACGCGAGGCCGUCGAAGACUCACAUGGCUCUGUUGGAGCUCCAUCGAGUGGGCAUCCUACACUUCCUGGUCAGCCAGAACAUAGAUGGGCUUCACGUGAGGUCCGGCUUCCCCAGGGACAAGCUAGCAGAACUGCACGGGAACAUGUUCGUAGAGGAAUGCAUGAAAUGUGGCAAACAAUACGUGAGGGACACCGUUGUGGGCACCAUGGGGCUCAAACCCACCGGCCGGCUCUGCGACGUCUCCAAACACCGAGGGCUCCGAUCCUGCAGAGGCAAAUUAAUGGACACCAUUUUAGACUGGGAAGAUUCCCUGCCAGACCGGGACCUCAAUUUGGCCUCCGAAGCCAGCAGGAGGGCAUCCUUAUCCAUCACCCUGGGGACCUCACUGCAGAUCAAGCCCAGCGGGGACCUUCCGCUGCUGACCAAGAAGAAAGGCGGGAAGCUGGUGAUUGUCAACCUGCAGCCCACCAAGCACGACAGGCAGGCGGACCUGCGCAUCCACGGCUACGUGGACGAGGUCAUAACGAAGCUCAUGAAACUCCUCGGGCUGGAGAUCCCGGAGUGGACGGGGCCGCUGGUGGUGGAGAGUACGGAGCAGCAAGAGGCCAAACCGCUCACCCAGACAGGCACGGACUUGCCAUUCUUGAGCAAGGAAGAGCCGUCUCCCUGCCGGAAUGGCGCGCGGGAGGGCCUGGGACACACGGCGGUCCUGAAACAGGAAUCCCGCCUGCUGGAUGGCGGCUCAGUCCCAGUUAAGCGGCCGAAGCUGGAGCCGUUGCCAACUUGACGGAUGCCAUCCUGGCGGGGCUUCUCUGCGUGGGCGUUGCCUGGUAUCUCUCAGAAAACCAGCUCGGCCUUGGCGUUUCUACCUGACUUUUUUGAGAAUUGUCUUCCUCCGGGUUCUGUAUGUAUGUAAUUUUCUUCUUUCCCUGAAAUUUUGAAGCUUUUCCGGAUGAGCCCAGAUUUUCCAGUUCUGGAAGAAGGUAACGGCUAGUCAGUUAUCCUUCUUUCUGUGGGGGCAAGCCAGGAAACAAGGCUUGUGCCCUCUUUUUAUGCCUCAUGGGUGCUGUUGAGGGACAGGGUCCCUUCCCUUCUCACUCUUCCUCCCUCUCUCCUUUCUCCCCUCCUCUCUUCUCUCCCCUCUUUCUACCCCUCUCUUCUUUUUCCUUCCCCUUUCUCUCUCCCCUCGUCUCCUUUCUUCUCUCUCCCCUUUCCUCUUCCUCUCCCUUUCUCCUUCCUUCUCCCCUCCUCUCUCCCUCCUCCCCGUCCUCAAUCCUCUCCCCUCUCUCUUUCCCUUCCCUCUUUCAUCCAUCCAUUGAAUUCCUUUCUCUCUCACCCCUCUUUCAUCCCCUUUUUCAUCCUUUUCUCCUUUUGUUCCCUUCCUUCCUUCCUUCCUCUUCUCCUUAGUCCACUCCCAUUCCUUCCCCCUGGUAUUCUCGCUACGGGUCCACUGGUUUUGCUGCUACUCUCCAAACCCUUCUCUUGGUUUGCCAACACUGAGCUCUCCUCUGUUUCUUGAUAAACCGCCGCGGAGGGAGCGUGAGAAGGAGAAAAUAGCGUUUUAAAGAACUACCUUUAUCGAACCACUUAGAAUAGGAAAUAGCGUCCCUUAAGUCGCGUAUCUGUUGUCACUCUUUGUCUCCCUGACAUUAUAUAUAUAUCGGGUGAAAUGCUCCCGGUUCGGACCAGAUAGGCCAAUUUGGUAGCAAUGGCAGCGGUGGUUCAGAGACCCGGUAGCAAAAAUUCCUCCCCCCCCCGCCCGCCGAUGCCCACCCAAUCGUCCAGUCGCCCACUUGCUGCUUCUU